UCGAAAGUUUACGCGUGUAGGAGACGGUCUUGUAAAUAAUUAAAUAAAUCAAGAAAUCGUAAUCAAGUUGCAAUAAAUUCAUUUAUUAAGACUUACUACUUAGCAACUAAGUUUAACGUUUAGUUUUUAACGAUAUUGUAGCAUAUAAACUCGGAAUAAAUCGACACGUGAUUGUUAAGCAUAAACAAGUAGUCCUAAUUUGUUGUGACCGCCGAAUUUAAAAUGGUUGAUCAGAAAAAUGUACUAGUGAUCGGUAGCGGAGGCCGCGAGCACGCCUUGUGUUGGAAGUUGUCGGAUUCGCCGUUCGUUCGUCAAAUAUACUGCGCGCCGGGUAGUGUCGGAAUUUCAACAACAAACAAAGUUCAAUCCAUCGAUCUCGACAUCAAGAACUAUCCAGUAAUAGCACAAUGGUGCAAAGACCACUCCAUCGACCUAGUCCUAGUCGGCCCAGAGGACCCACUAGCCAACGGCAUAGUAGAUGGACUGAUCUUGCACGGCGUGAAGGUGUUCGGACCCACGCAGGCCGGAGCCCAGAUUGAAGCCAACAAGGACUGGGCUAAGGGCUUCAUGGCGCGCCACCAGAUACCUACCGCGCGGUAUAAGUCAUUUACGGAUGCUGCGGCAGCUAAGGCUUUUAUUAAUAGCGCCAACUACCCAGCAUUGGUCGUAAAGGCCUCCGGUCUCGCGGCCGGUAAGGGUGUGGUGGUCGCCGCCACAAAGGAAGAGGCCUGCCAAGCUGUGGACGACAUCCUUACCGACGCCAAGUAUGGCGCUGCUGGGCAAACUGUCGUGGUUGAAGAGUUGCUGGAGGGAGAAGAGGUUUCGGUCCUCGCUUUCACCGAUGGUGAGACCGUCUCCAUGAUGCCCCCCGCGCAAGACCACAAGCGCCUCGGCGACGGCGACACAGGCCCCAACACCGGCGGAAUGGGCGCCUACUGCCCUUGCCCCCUCAUAACUCCAGAUCAGCUGCUGGAUGUAAAGGAUCAAGUGCUGCAAAGGGCUGUAGACGGACUGAAGGCUGAGGGCAUCAAAUAUGUUGGUGUCCUAUACGCUGGCAUGAUGAUAACGAAGUCUGGCCCUAUGACGCUGGAGUUCAAUUGCCGCUUCGGAGACCCAGAGACGCAGAUCCUUAUGACACUCAUGGAGACAGACCUCUACACUGUCUUGAAGGCUUGCGUGGAGGGCACCUUAAAACAAAUACAAGUCACAUGGAACACCAAACUGUCGUCGGUCGGUGUAGUCAUAGCCUCAAAAGGAUACCCAGAGACUUCCACCAAGGGAUGCGUCAUCAGUGGUCUUGCCCAAGUCCAGUCAAACCCGGGCGUAGUGGUGUUCCACAGCGGCGUAGCCCGCGGCGCUAACGGCACUCUAGUGACCGCCGGUGGCCGAGUAUUGCUAGUUUGUGCUCGGGCGGCUUCCCUUCGUGCUGCUGCCGCCGCCGCCGCCGCUGCCGCGGGCGCCAUAGACUUCCCUGGCAAGCAGUACAGGAAGGACAUCGCGCACAAGGCCUUCUCCAAAAUCAACGGCCUCUCGUACCUCCAAGCCGGCGUCGACAUCGAUGCCGCUGCGUUGCUAGUGCGUAAGAUCGAGCCCCUAGCUACUGGGACGCAUCGCCGUGGCGUCCUAGGCCGUCUGGGGUGCUUCAGUGGCUUGUUCCAGCUCGUGGCCAUGGACCCGCUGCUGAAGGAUCCCGUGUUGGUGCAGGGGACUGAUGGAGUUGGAACUAAACUUAAGAUAGCGGAAACCAUGAAUAAAUAUGACACGAUCGGCCAAGACCUGGUUGCUAUGUGCGUAAACGACAUCCUCUGCGCUGGAGCGGAGCCCUUCGCGUUCCUAGACUACAUGGCAUGUGGCAGACUACAAGUUGAUGUGGCAACGACUAUUGUCAGCGGCAUCGCUGAUGCCUGUAUACAGUCGGGCUGCGCGCUGCUAGGUGGCGAAACAGCAGAGAUGCCCACAAUGUACGACAUCGGCAAAUACGACCUGGCCGGCUUCGCAGUAGGAGUGGUCGACAACCACAAACAAUUGCCCCGCACUAGAGAGAUCAGAACUGGGGAUGUUGUGCUCGCUCUAGCGUCCACUGGCGUACACAGCAACGGGUACAGCUUGGUGCAGAAGAUCAUGUUGGAGACUGGUCACAGCUACUUUGAGAAAGCGCCAUUCAGCACCACCAACAAAACUUUCGGCGAGGAGUUCCUCGCACCGACCGGGUUGUACGUGAACGCGCUCCUCCCGGCCGUCAAGAAAGGCUCCAUCAAGGCCAUGGCCCACAUUACUGGAGGAGGCCUGCUCGAGAACAUACCGAGGGUGCUGCCAGCUGGGGUCAAGGUCGUGCUUGAUGCUUUGAAGUUCAAGAUCAAACCUAUCUUCGGAUGGUUACAGGCUAAGGGUGGCGUCUCUGACUUCGAAAUGCUGCGCACGUUCAACUGCGGAGUGGGGAUGGUGGUGAUCGUAGACCCGGUGUGCCUCAACGAGGUUCUAGCCUCCGUGCCCGAGAUUCAGGUCAUCGGCGCCGUGCAGAACCUGGGCAAGGAAGUAUUGUCGGCAGGCGGGCACCAGGUCUUGGUGGAGAACUUCAAGGAAGCCAUGGCGCCGCUCACGGAGCCGUUCGGAGGCGCGCAGAGCCAGGGCUUCAAGUCGCUCUCGUACAAGGACAGCGGCGUCGACAUCGAGGCGGGGGACUCGCUCGUGUCGCUCAUCAAGCCCCUCGCUAGGUCCACAUCGCGUUCCGGCGUGUUGGGCGGCCUCGGCGGUUUCGGAGGAUGCUUCCAACUGAAAGCUAUCGAACAAGAAUAUAAGGACCCAGUCCUCGUCCUGGCCUCCGACGGCGUAGGCACCAAGCUACAGAUCGCCCAGAAGAUCAACAACCACAACACCAUCGGCGUCGACCUCGUGGCCAUGUGUGUCAACGACAUUCUCUGCAAUGGCGCCAGUCCUCUUACGUUCCUUGAUUACUUCGCUUGUGGACGAUUGGAUGUUACUGUGGCGAGAGCUGUGGUGUCCGGAGUGGCUGAAGGUUGCAGGCAGGCUCAGGCAGCGCUUAUAGGCGGCGAAACUGCGGAGAUGCCUGGAAUGUACGAUCCCGGAGUAUACGACAUUGCGGGCUUCGCACUUGGCGUUGUUGAGAGGAGCCACAUCCUGCCAAAGAUACAGGAGAUCACGGUCGGCGACACGAUAAUCGGUCUGCCCUCGAACGGAGUUCACAGCAACGGCUUCAGUUUGAUUCAUAAACUCGUGAGGAAGGCCAACUUGACGCUCAGCGACAAGGCGCCUUUCAGCAAGGAAGGAUUAACUUUAGGCGAAGAGCUAAUCAAACCGACUCGCAUCUACGUCCGCGCAGUACUGCCAGCCCUGCAACGAGGACUAGUGAAGGCCGCGGCACACAUCACAGGCGGCGGACUGCUGGACAACAUCCCGCGCGUGACGCCCGAGUGGGUGCGAGCGCGGCUCAACGCGCACUGGUGGAACGUGCACCCUGUUUUCGCAUGGAUCGCGGAUGCCGGCUCGGUUUCCGACGAAGAAAUGGUACGGACCUUCAACUGCGGCAUCGGUAUGGUUCUCAUCGUCUCCCCCGAAGAUCAGGCUGAGGUGAUGAACAUCACACGGGCGUACGGCGCCAUGGUGAUCGGCAGCAUCCAAGCGCGGCCCGCGGGCGGCGCGCGCGUCAUCGUCGACAACUUCGCCUCCGCACUCGACUUUACCCGGCGGAUGCCCACUCUGCCCAGCAAAAAGGUGGCCGUACUAGUAUCCGGUAACGGCAGCAACCUGCAAGCAUUACUGGACACAACUCGCGACCCUGCGCAGUGCAUGUGUGCGAAUAUAGCCCUUGUGAUCAGUAACAAGAAGGACGCUUUCGCUUUGAAGAGGGCGGAGAAGGCCGGAGUUCCUACGUUGGUAUUUAACCACAAAGACUACAAGUCUCGCGAAGAAUUCGACCACGCCAUCAACGCGGCGCUAGAGGCACAUAAAAUCGACAUCGUCUGUCUCGCCGGCUACAUGAGGAUACUGUCCGGCGAAUUUGUCAAGAAAUGGAAAGGCAAGCUGGUUAACAUUCACCCUUCGCUACUGCCCCUACACCCCGGCCUGGAGGCGCAGAAGCAGUGCCUGAACGCCGGCGACCGAGAGAGCGGCUGCACGAUACACUUCGUCGACGAGGGCAUGGACACAGGCCCCAUCAUCCUUCAAGAGCGCGUGCCCGUUCUGAAGGACGACACCGUAGAAACCCUCACGGAGCGCAUCCACUCCGCAGAGCACCGCGCCUUCCCGCAGGCCCUCCGCCUGCUGACCACCGGCCGCGUCAGGCUCAGCCAGCAGGGCAACAUCAUGUGGUACUCUGGUUAGAUAUGUUGUCCGAGAUACAUACACCGAGCUAUAUCUCUAAUAGACAUUUCAAUAUUAAAUUCGACGACACCACUGAGUGGUUUGUUUACGCUAAAAAGCAUAGGCAAAGCAAUACUAAGAUGAGAAACUGAGUGCAAAAUAUUUUAGUCGCAAAGUUGACAGGUAAAAAAGAUGCAUUGUUUUAUGCAUUUUAUUUACAUAUUCCUUUGUGUAUGCGAUAUUAUGACCACAAAACAUUCUCUUUAAUAAGAAAUUCAACAAAGCCGCGAUGGAUUUUCUACUCUUAUAGGUACCACAGUUUUCUAGGCACUUGUCAUAAAUAUUUAUAACGUUAGUAAUGUUUAUGUUAUGAUUAGUAUAUUUUUACAUUAUGAUCAUAUAUUAGUCGUACAAGCUUAACAUCUGCUUUUAUAUUUUGUACAUAUUAUCAUCGCAGUGCCAUUUAUUAAGUAACAUUCCAACAAAUUGUAUCUUCUUGCUCAGUGAGGGACCAAUUAGUGUUUAAUUAUAAUUUUGUUACGUAAAAGCAAAUCUCGAAUAUUUUCUUUCUUGUGAUUUUACAAAUACCUGUACAAUUAUAUAUAUGUGUAUAAGUAAUUUAUAGACUUAUUAUCUAAAUUAUAUUGGGCUAUUGAUAUUGAGGGACUUACGACCUUUUUCUUCUGAAGAGAGCUGGUGGCCUAGUGGUGCGUGCCAAGAGCCUGUGACUUUCAAUCCGGAGGUCGCGGGUUCAAACCCCGGCUCGUACCAAUGAGUUUUUCGAAACUUAUGUAUGAAACAUCAUUUGAUAUUUACCAGUCGCUUUUCGGUGAAGGAAAACAUCGUGAGGAAACCGGACCUAGUUUCCCCUCUGGGUUGGAAGGUCAGAUCGCAGUCGCUUUCGUAAAAAGUAGUGCCUACGUCAAUUCUUGGGAUUAGUUGUCAAGCGGACCCUAGGCUCCCAUGACCCGUGGCAAAAUGCCGGGAUAACGCGAGGAAGAUGAUGAUGAUGACCUUUUUCUUCUGUAGUGAAUCUAAAUGUACGCUUGUAUUUUGAUGACACCUAAAUUUUGACCAUGGUGUAGAUUUGUGAUACUUAUUCACUCGUUACAUUUACAAGUCUUAUGUAUUACUGUGUGUACGUUUUGUUCAAGUUUAUUGCUAGAUUUAUGUGUCUUUGUUUUUACAACGAAUAGUUAUUAAGUUAGCACUGUUUAAUAACUUGCUAUUUAUGAUUUCCAAUCAGUUUUGUUAUAGGUAUUUUGUUUACACUUGACAGCAUUAAUGAAUCGCUAAUGAAGUUAUUGUGUAGCACUGUACUCAACAGUGAUAAAUUAUAAAUUUAUUGUUAAGGAAAUUGUGUAGUUUAAAAUAUGUUAGCAAUAAAACGUUUUGCAUCAA